GUGGCCGCUUCGAACAGUCCUGUCCAGUUUGUGGCUGGCCGAAUACCACAUUUGUAAUGCAAUAAUAACAGAAAACAAAAGCGUCUGGCUACAUUUGUGUUAUUUCACCCGUUGGAUUUUGUUCAUGCUGUCUUUCUUGGACGCUGUGAGCACAUUGUGCAGGUCGGAAGAGGCAUUUAUUUGAAGGUAUGCGGCUGUGUUGCUAGCUUACGUUCGUUAGCUAGCAUACCCUAACUAGCGAGGUUGUGUCCAAUCGUCAUGAUUUGAGCCAUUGUUUUGCUAAAUACUUUUGUAAUUGCCUGCCAAACAUAAUGGUGUAUCUAUAUUGCAAGCUUGGUAGCUAAUAUCAUACCAAUUAUUGCUAAAUUAGUAGCUAGAGUGAACACGGUCACCCAAUCCCACCAGUAUCGAGUUAACUAAAUGCACUAACGUUAGCUAGUUAACUAUCUCUUCCACGUUGGCUCGAUCAUAAAAACAAUCUCACAUAUCCUCCUGACAAACACGUUAGCUAGCUAGAUAGGUAAGAAGCACGCUUGGUAGCUAGCUAAGUUUGAUCCUGGCAGUAAAAUAAAAACCUAGUUAUCUUUAUCUACUAAACACAUAUUAUAUUGGAGUAUAGAAUGUUGCCCUGCGGAAUGUAGCUAGCUACAUACUGUGUUUACAGUAUACUAUUGAACUUACUAUUGAGCUAGCGAAGACAUUUAACAGCAAAAGUUGAUGACAUGUUUAUUAAUGUCAGCCCCUCCAUAUCUUCUCCUCUCCCUCUGUCAAUUCAGUCUUGUAUGGGUCUGUAAGAGGCAUCAUGAGUGGGGAGCCAGACGCUUUGGCUGUGGUGAACCAUUUGAGGGAUCUUGCUGCAGAUCCUAUGAACAGAAGAGCUAUCGUUCAGGACCAAGGUUGCUUACCGGGACUCAUCCUGUUUCUGGACCAUCCCAAUCCCCUGGUUGUCUACUCAGCACUCAUGGUAAGGUCCCCUUGAGUGGAUGCAUUGCAUUAAAAGAGUCAAUGCACCUGGUUACUGAAGUGACUGGGACGCUUUGAAGUCUGUGUACUAGAUACGUACACCCAACAACAACAAAAAUGGUUGUUGGGUAUCUAAUCGUAAUCUUAAUUCAAAUACCAUGCUCCUUAACCUUGUAUGUGGGAAUGUCAUUUUGCUGUGGGGUGAAUGUAUUCUCUUGUGUUUCUUGUGUUCCUAACUUGUGAUUGUGUCCCCUCCAGGCUGUGCGCUACCUCGCAGAAUGUCGUCAAAACAGGGAGAAAAUGAAGGGAGAGCUGGGGAUGAUGUUAAGUCUUCAGAAUGUCAUGCAAAAGUGAGUAUAUGACCCUUGCGGAAGCCCAGAUCAUGAUAGUGUUGUCUCACUCAUCUUGUCUGUUGAUCUUUAUCAAAUAGAAAAUAUUUUGUAUUCUUUGCAACUUAUCUUUUUCUCUGUGAGACCCAAGGUUGCAAAAAUGCAACAGGUCCUAAACUCAUGUCAAACACUACAUACCUCAUCUCCUUAGACCCAGUGGGGGGAAAAAAAGUAUUUAGUCAGCCACCAAUUGUGCAAGUUCUCCCACUUAAAAAGAUGAGAGAGGCCUGUAAUUUUCAUCAUAGGUACACAUCAACUAUGACAGAAAAAUUGAGGGAAAAAAAUCCAGAAAAUCACAUUGUAGGAUUUUUAAUGAAUUUAUUUGCAAAUUAUGGUGGAAAAUAAGUAUUUGGUCACCUACAAACAAGCAAGAUUUCUGGCUCUCACAGACCUGUAACUUCUUCUUUAAGAGGCUCGUCUGUCCUCCACUCGUUACCUGUAUUAAUGGCACCUGUUUGAACCUGUCCACAACCUCAAACAGUCACACUCCAAACUCCACUAUGGCCAAGACCAAAGAGCUGUCAAAGGACACCAGAAACAAAAUUGUAGACCUGCACCAGGCUGGGAAGACUGAAUCUGCAAUAGGUAAGAAGCUUGGUUUGAGGAAAUCAACUGUGGGAGCAAUUAUUAGGAAAUGGAAGACAUACAAGACCACUGAUAAUCUCCCUCGAUCUGGGGCUCCACGCAAGAUCUCACCCCGUGGGGUCAAAAUGAUCACAAGAACGGUGAGCAAAAAUCCCAGAACCACACGGGGGGACCUAGUGAAUGACCUGCAGCAUUUCAAGGUCCUGGAGUGGCCUAGCCAGUCUCCAGAUCUCAACCCCAUAGAACAUCUUUGGAGGGAGUUGAAAGUCCGUGUUGCCCAGCGACAGCCCCAAAACAUCACUGCUCUAGAGGAGAUCUGCAUGGAGGAAUGGGCCAAAAUACCAGCAACAGUGUGUGAAAACCUUGUGAAGACUUACAGAAAACGUUUGACCUGUGUCAUUGCCAACUAAGGGUAUAUAACAAUGUAUUGAGAAACUUUUGUUAUUGACCAAAUACUUAUUUUCCACCAUAAUUUGCAAAUAAAUUCAUAAAAAAUCCUACAAUGUGAUUUUCUGGAGAGAGAAAAUCUCAUUUUGUCUGUCAUAGUUGACGUGUACCUAUGAUGAAAAUUGCAGGCCUCUCUCAUCUUUUUAAGUGGGAGAACUUGCACAAUUGGUGACUGACUAAAUACUUUUUUCCCCCACUGUAUCUCUUAGUUGCAUUUCUUGCGUGUCCUGUCUUCUAAGAUGUAGUGAUUAUAUAGAAAAAUAAGUAGAGAAACAAACAUUCUGAGCCAGCGCUAUAGGUAUUUUUGAAAGUGUUGCAAAACUGUAUUUGUAAUUUUGCUUGGGUCUCACAAUUAAGAGCCAGUAUGUUAAUACUAUGUUGAGACUAAAGAUUUUAGUCGUCUAAAAUCAAUAUUUUCCCCCCUUAGGACAACCACCCCAGGAGAGACCAAGCUGCUGGCCUCAGAAAUCUAUGAACUCCUCCAGGCCUCUAACAGUGAGGAUGUAGAGAAGCCAGAGGGGCCCUCUUGCAGACGCAAGGCCCAGUUCUUCCUGGGCUCCACCAACAAGCGGGCCAAAACAGUGGUUCUCCACAUAGAUGGCCUGGAUGACUCUGUGAGUGCCCCCAUACUGACCAAUAAGUGUAUCAAUAAGGAGACGGGACGCUGUCAUAUUAGCUCCAGUAACAUCUUUACUAAGAUAAAACCGGAUAUGUUACACAGAGCAUUAUGGGUUCUGUAAUACAUCAUGCUACAAUAAGUAGCUAUUAGCUCAGGUGACAGUUCUUGUAGUCCACUAUAAGAGGUGAGGUGAGUUUAUACAGUUAUUCCCAUUCAUCUCCUCCAGAGCCGGAGGAGCCUUUGUGAAGAGUCCCUGUUGAAGAUCCGAGGCGUCAUCAGCUUUACAUUCCAGAUGGCCAUUAAGAGAUGCAUCGUCAGAAUUCGCUCAGACCUGAAGGCAGAGGUGAGUCACAUCCUGUCUGUCCUAUUAGCCUACAGCAUACUCUAGGGAGGCAAUGGAGGAGGGCAGAGACGAGUCUGUCUAAUCUCGGCAACCCAGAACAAAAAUCUUGCAGCUACUCGAUUAGGUUCUGGGGGGGAGGUAUGAGGGCACAUCACUGCAUUCUGUAUCAGAAAGUAGGUCUACCCUCCUUGAAGUCUCGUAUGCAUUGCAUUAUUUUUUGUUUAUAAAGCCCUCCUGCAUGAACUUCCGCCGUACCUUACUUCAUUGUUAACUUAUAGACGUACGAGAUACCAGACCCGAUCUCAGGAAUGGCUAACUCUGGAGAACUCUUCAAACUCCACUGAGUUAGGUAAAUCUGCUUUUAGUUUUUUUGCACCUUAUGGGUCUCUAAAAUUGGAUGAAUUGGUGCCUCUAGGGCAAUUCAAAAGGCUGGCUGAGGACCUUUUUACUGAAGAAUGUGUUUGUUUUCUAUGAUUGUGUUUUGCUUUUAGUGUAUUACAUUUUAGUCAUUUAGCAGACGCUCUUAUCCAGAGCGACCCACAGUUAGUGAGUGCAUACACCUCUUCACACUGGCCCCCGUGGGAAACGAACCCACAACCCUGGCGUUGCAAGCGCCACGCUCCACCAACUGAGCUACAGGGGACACCCUUUAAUACCUUGGGUUCCAGUUUAAAAGCGAGGGACAAAUGAAUGGCACAAGAUCACUUAAUACUUGAAGCGCUAUAUUGGAUUUGUAGUUUAUUUAUUUUUUGCACUUGUACAAGUAGUGACCAGUAAACAAAUCAAAGUGCUGUUUUCAUAAGAUUGCUCUUUCACACUGACUAGUUCCUGAAACCCGUCACCUGACCUCUACGUGACAUCACAACUUGCCCCAGCAAUAUGAGUCUUGUAGUUAAUUUUUGUGAACUACUCAAAAAAUUGAUUUGUAGCUUAGUGUUUAAUUUGUUUUAUUAUUAAUUGCAGGCAUCUUUAGUCACUAUGAUCAGUGAGUGGAUGGCCUGUAGAGUUUAGGGAUCUUAAAUAUCCAGGAACUACUUCUUGGGCUGCGCAAUCAUGCUGUACCAGGUACAGGACUCGUCGCUUACAUUUACAUUACAUUUUAGUCAUUUAGCAGACGCUCUUAUCCAGAGCGACUUACAGUUAGUGAAUACAUAUUUUUUUAUACUGGCCCCCCGUGGGAAUUGAACCCACAACCCUGGCGUUGCAAACGCCAUGCUCUAUCAACUGAGCUACAUCCCUGCCGGCCAUUCCCUACCCUGGACGACGCUGGGCCAAUUGUGCGCCGCCCAUGAGUCUCCCGGUCGCGGCCGGCUGCGACAGAGCCUGGAUUCGAACCAGGAUCUCUAGUGGCACAGUUAGCACUGCGAUGCAGGCCUGAGGUCCACUUUGGCCAUAGUUGGACAACCAGUCCGUCCACAGGCACUCAUCCGGGGAGCUGAUCGGACAGGGGAGGGAAGAGCAGGGGAUGAUCUUGCAAUCGCAGCUGCUUUGGUAGCGUUGAAUCAAGCGCAUCAUUUGUGUGUCACUCGAGGCCUCCCAGGUCCUAAUGAAUUUUCACCGUUCCAUCAGUAUUCAGCCUGCCUGUGAUGAGGAACUCCUUGUUGGUAUUGAUGUAUAUAUUGAUGUGCAUAGUGUAUAUUGAUGUUUUAAUGUCUAUACAUGGCUCAUCUGAGAAAGAGACCUUGGUCUCAGCAUGACUCCCUGUCGAAAUAAAGGUUAAAUAAAAAAUACAUAAAACUAGAGUGAGUGGCAGAACCAGGAUGGAUCCUCUUUGGUAGCUCAACCCAACUCUCUCUGAAAGUCUCGGGCAAGUGUAUGGGCCAAAAGUCCCCUCCUGAAAGAUGCCAGGUGUAGGCUCACACAUGCAAAGUCUUGAUUUGUCCAAAUAACCAGUGACAAAAAAAACUGAAAAGUUGUUCCUCGUUUAAACGCCUGUCCACGAGCAUCCUCAGCGGGGUCGGAAUCCGGAUGCAUCCAGUUUUCAGGCGAAAUAAAAGAGUAUUUCUGCAUUAACAAUGCGACACUCCAUCUUAACUCCUCCACAUUUACUGGACUGGUUGAACAGUGCAGAAGAAAACCUCCCCCAACAGUUAUUUUUCUCUCGUCAGGACCAGUAAGAAGUAAACUUCGCUCAGACGUUUAUUCUACGCUACGCUUCAUUAGAUUAGUCCACGAGAGAUAAAGGUGUCAGACAACUUGCUGUCCUGUUACAACAUUCUGGAGAGGGGAUGAAGGAGGGAAUCAUGGCUGAUGUGUUGUUGGUGUUAAUUCAAAACUCUGCUUCCUUUGUAGGCUCUGGGUUCUGCCAUCGCCUCAACCGAAGUAAUGAAAGCGCAACAGGUGGUCAGGGGAGAGGAUGGACAAGAGGUUUGUCUUUCUGAAUUAACUCCCAGUGUUUUGUUUGUUGUCUUAACAACAGAGCCUUGGUUGAAUCAAUGUUUUAUAGUCUUUCUAUUGCAAUUGAUUUCCCCGAGAAGGUCUGUUUUUUGGUCUACAAAUAUUAUCAAGGAAUUAUCUUAUCUUAAGGAUAAAGCUUACAGAAAGGAGUUGGAUAUCUAAUUAGAAUCUAAAUUCAAAUACCAUGCUAAUUGACCUUGUAUGUGGGAAUGUCAUUUACCUUUUGGUGCACGUUGAAUUGAGCACUUCCUUUUGCCGUUCAGGUAAUCAUCCCAUUCCCGGAGGAUGGUUCGGUAGCGGUGGAGCAGAAUGUGGAUCUGCCAGACUACCUUCCAGAGGAGGAGAGCCCAUCCCAGGAGCCAGACAAGGCUGUGACCUGCGUGGGCACAGGGCAGGAUGGAGCAGGCUGGCUAGGCACUGCGGCUAACUUCCUGUCCCGCUCGUUCUACUGGUGACACUCCCAGGCCACCCACACCUCUUCAGAUACUACAGAUACAGAAUCAGGCUCCCAGCUGCCAAAGAGCUGGACUGCCAAAGGCAAUGUGUAACAACAAACUAGUCCAAUGCGUGCAGUACACACAUGCACCCACAAUCUCACACCCACCUUGCACCAUACAGAAUCACCAAGCCAUUAAGGGAGAGGACUGGCUUCCGGAAUGGAUUCUUAUUUCUUAUCUUUUGGGUUCUGAUUCAGAGCUAGACUAUUCUUUCUGCACAUGUAAACGGGUCCAUGUUUUUGAACACCAAAAUGUCUUGUUGUGAGGAGCGUUAUUGUGGUAGCAUUAGAACUUGAUCCAUCAUAAAGGGUCCAAACUUUGCCACAAAAUGAAGUUCCUGUAGUUAGAAAUAUUUUUAAGGGAAGGAUCUGAAAUCGCGUUUGCAUUAAGGGUCUUUUCCCCCUACCUUUUUAUCUGACUUUUCUAAUUCUUUGACCAAAAACUGACCCAUCCUCCCCUUUUUUUGUCAAUGGGUGUUCCAGAAUAUGCUGUAAUCAACGUGUGUUCAGUUAUCGUGCCUUUCGUUUCAUUCUGUUUACAUGGAUACCCUUGUGACUGACUGUCAGCUUUAGUUCUGAAAAGUAUUCUGCCUGUAAGGCUCCCUCCUUUGAUAUAUUCCAAAGGUUACUGAUGCAGACACUGUAUAAAUGCCAAUGUGGGUACUCUUAAAUUCCAAUGCCUACUGAAGUCAUUAAUGGAAUCUGUCGUGGGUUAUGAGAAAUGUUUACAGGACUGUGUGGCUGGUUGGAGACGAGACAUUUUCUCUUCAGAAACAGCAUGGAGAUUUUGCACAGUGUGAACACUGGUAUUCUCUAACAAUGUGGUGUUGUGCAUUGUUAGCUUGGUUUAUGAUAAGUAUUACUCAUUAAAAUAACAAUAUUAGAAUAUCUUUCCUAAGGAAGAGCAUUGUUCCUCUUUCAGGGACAGCCUCUGACAUUU